CAGGAGCCUGCUCGCUCGGCGAAGGUCCGGCGGCGUCACCGACCCGUAUGCUGGCACGCACGUCUCGCGGCAUGUUGCGCUCAGCGCACGUUCCGUGGAGACACGCACGCGGCGACGCCCUCCCCAACGUUGAGGUGAACGCUGCGUCGUGGGCUCGGGCGACAGCCAGGCGCCUCUCGACCGCCUCCCCGCGGCCGGUCCUGCAGUCAGCGCGCGUGACGGACGUCGCCGCGCCGCAAGACCUCAAGGGGAAGGCGGCGCUGCAGGAGGAGGGCAGUGUUCUGCUGACGGAGCGUGAGCUCCAGUAUCGGGCGCUGCAGCCGCCGAAGGGUGGGGUGGAGGCGGACCUGCGCGGGCUCAUGGCUUCGAGCGACGAGCCGCUCUCGCACACGGCCGCCGACGCCGGGAAGAUCUUCUCGCUCGAGCGCAGCUCCGCCUUUGCCAGCCUCUUCUUCCACACCGGCUUGUGCGGCAAGGGACGGCAGGAGCAGGCGGCCAAGACGGCGGCGGCGCUGGUGCGGCCCGAAGUCCUCGAGCUGCGCGACGAGCUGCUCUGGCGCGCCGCGCGCCCCGCCGACGCGCAGCACAGCCUGCGCGACUCGUCCGGCCUCGUGCUGGUCGGCGAGAGGGGGCACGGCAAGUCGUGGGCGCUCAACUAUGCGGCUGCGGCGUGCGAGGCUGCGGGCUGGCUGGUGGUGCUCGCGCCUUGGGCAGCCGACUGGACGAUGGGCGUGGGAGCGCGCUCGGCGCAGGAGGCCAACGAGGCGUACCGGGUGGGGGACAGCGACUACUUCAAGGCGGUGCCGCCCGAGCUCGCAGGCUCGGACUUGUACGAGUCGCCCGACGCCUCGGCGCUGCUGCUGCAGUCGGGCGAGGAGAGGCGAAAGGCGUACGCGCACCUCGCGGCGGGGCGCGAGCCCACGCUGGCCGACAUGCUGCUGCCGAGCGUCCGCGGCGAGGGGGACGCCUUCACCGACUUCCCGGUGCCGCUCCGGCCGGUGCACGACUUGCUGCAGGAGCUGAAGCUCGUCACGGAGAUGCCGGCGCCUCCGCCCCCCGCGUGCAGAGCCAUACUGCUGCACGGCGAGCGGCGGAGACAAAAUGCACCGCCUAACAAAUAA